AUGGCCGCCCAGAUCUCUUCGUUCGUUGCCAUGUCACCUGAGCAGCAGCACCAACUCUUGAUCGGCAUUGUCGCGAGCGACACUGACGUUAAGGAGUCGCGUGCCGCCGGCACUCCAGUGAUGAAGGCUGGAGAUCUCACUGCCGCAGAGAAGAUGGCCCUGGUUGACCUUGCUAGGAUGGUCGUCACCAUCUGGAAGAAGGCUCUGCCUUUCCAGGCUGAGGUGGCUGAAUGCUACCAACUUUUGCUCCGCCGCGUCUUUGAUUCAUGGACAUCCAAGGACAAUACUGUUGGCUCUCCCACUCUCCCGCCUCGAAAGUUUCCCAGCACAGUGGCUCAAGUCGGCGUCCUGCUCACCGAUCCUACCGACGAGGCUGACCUGGCCGCUCCAGCCUUUCUCGAUGUGAUGCUGCCGUCGGAGUUCGAGUCUGUGUAUGGAGAAGGACCUUGGGAUGAAGCCAUUUGGGAUGACACGCUCUGGGGUGGAGAUGACUCGUGCCCGCCGACUUGGGCUUACCUCUGGCGAGACCAGUACGGCCAUCCCCUCAAGCGAGAGUUUGUCGAGUUCGCCCACGGUGUUACCAAGAACAACGCUAAGGCUCGGGCCAUCGCAGAGUACGACCGAAACGAGAUGUUGCGAAUUAUCACCUACAACCUUGAGCUCAUCGUCAACGCGGCCCGACGCCGCAUCUGCAAGUGGGCCGUCGACGGUACCGAGGCGGCCCCGAGAGUUGAUGAAGACGAUCGCCUGGAACAGUCGGACAUUGAGAGACUAGAGCUUGCCAAAGACUAUCUUGAAGAGCACUUCCGGAUGACUAACUACCUCACUGCCAACGCCCGCCGCCCCCUCCCAUCUCCUUUUCCCAGUGAUCAGCUCUUCCUCUGUCACAAUAUUGUCUCCCGGAUCUUCCCCGAAACAAAAGUGCUCAUGCAACUCCGAGAGAGGUUUCCAGCAUCGCGUGUAGAGUGA